ACCUCAGUGUGCCCUGUACAGUAUACAUUCGCAAAGUUAACAUUCAUUACUUGACAUCAGUACUGCAAGCUUGGUGACAUUUGAUCGUCUCGGCCUGGCGGCAUAGCACACUUGUACCGUGAGAGAGCUUCGGCCUGCACGGCCACGCUGGUUACCCUGCUCCAGCAUGAGGUCGCACGUCUGGAUUGUAGUCAUCCUUAUCCUGGUACAUUUGUCGAGCAUAGAAGGAAAAGGGAAAUGCCCCAAGAGAUAUAAAAAACGCGGAUGUAGGCCUCUAGUGAUCCGUAACACCGUCCGCAGCGGCUGCAGUCGUCCCUUCAAAUGUGGAGACCAGUGUCGCUAUACCUGUGUCCCCGGAUGUGUGAGGCAGCGUGGAGCCACUGUCAGGACGUGCAGACACGGCCGUUACUGGAUUGGUGGAAAAGGACUGAAGUGUUCAUGCAGACCCUGUAGUGGUCCACCCGUGAUCAGGAAUGCCAACGUUAUUUGGGGCAGUGGCUGCUCGGCACCGUUUAAAGCUGGGACAACCUGCAGCUACCAAUGUGACCACGGGUACCGCAAAGUGGGAGGGGCGGAAACAAAGAUGUGUGUCGACGGUGGAUGGAGAGGUUCCAGGCUGGACUGUGACGCCGUCCAAUGUCCGACACUGACCGCUCCAGAAUUUGGAUCGCUGACUCCCCCCGGACCCCACUCCUACCCUAACCUGGUCACGUUCACCUGUGAUACGGGAUACGUACUGACCGGCGAUUCUGAUACAACCUGCCAAGCUAACGGGACAUGGAGCAACCCUGUACCAACUUGCACACCGGUCCAAUGCCCAGCUCGGGUAGCCCCAGCUAACGGAGCGGUGACUCCUACGGGAGCGGUCUCCUACCCGAACGGGGUCACCUUCACCUGUAACUCGGGAUACACACUGAACGGAGCUUCUACUCCGACGUGCCAAGCUGACGGAACGUGGAGUAGUCCUGUUCCAACAUGCACACCGGUCCAAUGUCCGGCUCGGGCCGCCCCAGCUAACGGGGCGGUGACUCCUACCGGAGCGGUCUCCUACCCGAACUCGGUCACCUUCACCUGUAACUCGGGAUACACACUGAACGGAGCUUCUACUCCUACGUGCCAAGCUGACGGAACGUGGAGUCAUCCUGUUCCAACAUGCAUACCGGUCCAAUGUCCGGCCCGGACGGCCCCAGCUAACGGAGCGGUGACUCCUACCGGAGCGGUCUCCUACCCGAACGGGGUUAUCUUCACCUGUAACUCGGGAUACACACUGAACGGCGCUUCUACUCCGACCUGCCAAGCUGACGGAACGUGGAGUCAUCCUGUUCCAACAUGCACACCGGUCCAAUGCCCGACUCUGACGCCCCCAACUAAUGGAGCGGUGAGUCCUACCGGAGCGGUCUCCUACCCGAACGGAGCCACCUUCACCUGUAACACGGGAUACAGACUGAACGGACAACCUACUCCGACGUGCCAAGCUGCCGGAACGUGGAGUCAUCCUGUUCCAACAUGCACACCGGUCCAAUGUCCGGCUCGGGCGGCCCCAGCUAACGGAGCGGUGACUCCUAUCGGUCCAGUCUCCUACCCGAACGGGGUUAUCUUCACUUGUAACUCGGGAUACACACUGAACGGCAUUCCUAACCCUACGUGCCGAGCCGACGGAACGUGGAGUCAUCCUGUUCCAACAUGCACACCGGUCCAAUGUCCAGCUCGGGCCGCCCCAGCUAACGGGGCGGUGACUCCUACCGGAGCGGUCUCCUACCCGAACUCGGUCACCUUCACCUGUAACUCGGGAUACACACUGAACGGAGCUUCUACUCCUACGUGCCAAGCUGACGGAACAUGGAGUCAUCCUGUUCCAACAUGCACACCGGUCCAAUGCCCGACUCUGACGGCCCCGGCUAACGGAGCGGUGACUCCUACCGGAGCGGUCUCCUACCCGAACGGGGUCACCUUCACCUGUAACUCGGGAUACACACUGAACGGCAUUCCUAACCCUACGUGCCGAGCCGACGGAACUUGGAGUCAUCCUGUUCCAACAUGCACACCCAUACAAUGUCCGACGCUGACGGCCCCAUCUAACGGAGCGCUCAGCACAGGAGCGACCUCCUACCAGACCGUGGUCACCUUCACCUGUAACACCGGAUACGCACUGAACGGCACUGCUACUACGACCUGCCAAGCUGACGGGACAUGGAGUAAUCCUGUUCCAACAUGCACACGCAGACAAUGUCCGGCGUUGGCGGCCCCAGCGUUCGGAGUCCUGCGUCCUAUCGGAGCUAGGUCCUACCAGGACACGGUCACCUUUGAAUGCAACCCGGGAUACCAACUGAACGGCGCUACCUCUGUCACAUGCCAAGCUGACGGGACUUGGAGUAAUCCUGUUCCAACAUGUUCACCUCGACAAUGUCCGGCUCGGGCGGCCCCGGCUAACGGAGCAGUGACUCCUACCGGAGCGGUCUCCUACCCGAACGGAGCCACCUUCACCUGUAACACGGGAUACAGACUGAACGGACAACCUACUCCGACGUGCCAAGCUGCCGGAACGUGGAGUCAUCCUGUUCCAACAUGCACACCGGUCCAAUGUCCGGCUCGGGCGGCCCCAGCUAACGGAACAGUGAGUCCUACCGGAGCGGUCUCCUACCCGAACGGGGUCACCUUCACCUGUAACUCGGGAUAUGCACUAAACGGCAUUCCUUAUCCGACGUGCCGAGAUGACGGAACGUGGAGUCAUCCUGUUCCAACAUGCACACCGGUCCAAUGUCCGGCUCGGGCGGCCCCAGCUAACGGAGCGGUGACUCCUACCGGAGCGGUCUCCUACCCGAACGGGGUCACCUUCAGCUGUAACUCGGGGUACGUACUGAACGGCGUUGCUACUCCGACCUGCCAAGCUGACGGGACAUGGAGUAAUCCUGAUCCAGUAUGCACACCCAUUGCAGCUAUACAAUGUCCGACGCUGACGGCCCCAGGUAACGGAGCGCUCAGCACAGUAGCGACCUCCUACCAGACCGUGGUCACCUUCACCUGUAACUCGGGAUACGUACUGAACGGUGCUGCUGCUACGACCUGCCAAGCAGACGGGACAUGGAGUAAUCCUGUUUCAACAUGCACACCGAUCGUAUGCCUGCCCCAGACGCCCCCAGCUAACGGAGCGCUCAGUACCACAGACAGGACCUACCAGACUGUAGUCGGCUUCACCUGUAAGCCGGGGUACGUACGGAACGGCGCUGUUACUACGACCUGCCAAGCUGACAGAACAUGGAGCAGUCCUGUUCCAACAUGCACACCGGUGCAAUGUCCGGCCCGUACGGCCCCAGCUAACGGAGCGGUGAGUCCUACCGGUCCGAUCUCCUACACGAACGGGGUCACCUUCACCUGUAACUCGGGAUACGUACUGAACGGCGCUUCUACUCCGACCUGCCAAGCUGACAGAACGUGGAGUCAUCCUGUCCCAGUAUGCACACCCAUUAUAGCUAUUCAAUGUCCGGCGCUGACGGCCCCAGCUAACGGAGCGCUCAGCACCACAGCGACCUCCUACCUAACCAUGAUCACCUUCAUCUGUUACCCGGGAUACGUACUGAACGGCGCGUCUGUUACGACCUGUCAAGCUGACGGGACAUGGAGCAGUCCUGUUCCAACAUGCACACCUCCACAAUGCCCGCCCCCGCCGCCCCCAGCUAACGGAGCGGUGAGCGGUCUGAUCUACCCGAACACGGUUACCUACAGCUGUAACCCGGGAUUCCAAUUUAACGGCGUUGCUACUUCAACGUGCCAAGCUGACGGAACGUGGAGCAGUCCUGCUCCAACAUGCACACCCAGGCCAUGUCCGACGGUAACGGUCCCAACUAACGGAGCUCUACGUCCUCUCGGACCACACGCCUACCCAAUCGUGGUCAACUUCACCUGUAACCUGGGAUACGAACUGAACGGCGCUGCUGAUACGGCAUGCCAAGCUAACGGAACAUGGAGUCAUCCUAUUCCAACAUGCACAAUUUCCGCAUCUCUCGGCGUGAGCUCUUGUGAGAAUCUGACUGUUUUUGACAGUGAUUCCGGCAGCUUUGCCUCCCCGAGCUGGCCAAGGCAAUACCCCCUCUCCACCAACUGUACCUGGCAGAUCAAUGUCAGUCCGGGAAAAGCUGUGCUCUUACGGUAA